CUCACGCACGUUACGCCAGGGCAAGAUGGCCGACACGGCGGCCGCCGCCGGGGCUGGCGGCUCCGGAACGAGGUCGGGGAGCAAACAGUCCACCAACCCUGCCGACAACUACCACCUGGCCCGGAGGAGAACCCUGCAGGUGGUCGUGAGCUCCCUGCUGACGGAGGCCGGGUUUGAGAGCGCAGAGAAGGCGUCCGUGGAAACCCUGACGGAGAUGCUGCAGAGCUACAUCUCAGAGAUUGGGAGGAGCGCCAAGUCUUACUGUGAGCACACAGCCCGGACUCAGCCCACGCUGUCGGAUAUUGUGGUCACGCUCGUGGAGAUGGGUUUCAACGUGGACACUCUCCCUGCCUAUGCGAAACGGUCUCAGAGGAUGGUCAUCACUGCCCCUCCAGUGACCAAUCAGCCAGUGACCCCCAAGGCCCUCACCGCAGGGCAGAACCGACCCCACCCACCGCACAUCCCCAGCCACUUUCCGGAGUUCCCCGAUCCCCACACCUACAUCAAAACCCCGACCUACCGGGAGCCUGUGUCAGACUACCAGGUGCUGCGGGAGAAGGCUGCAUCACAGAGGCGCGACGUGGAGCGGGCGCUCACCCGGUUCAUGGCCAAGACAGGCGAGACCCAGAGCCUUUUCAAAGACGACGUCAGCACAUUCCCACUGAUUGCCGCCAGACCUUUCACCAUCCCUUACCUGACCGCUCUUCUGCCGUCGGAGCUGGAGAUGCAGCAAAUGGAAGAGACGGAUUCCUCGGAACAGGAUGAGCAGACGGACACUGAGAACCUGGCGCUUCACAUCAGCACGGAUGACUCUGGAGCCGAGAAGGAGAACGCGUCUGUGCUGCAGCAGGCCCCCUCCUUGCCGGGAAGCCGGAACGGGGAGGAGAAUGUCAUCGACAACCCCUACCUGCGCCCCGUGAAGAAGCCCAAGAUCCGCAGGAAGAAGUCCCUCUCGUGAGCUGAGAAGGAAGCCUGGCUUGGACAGGGACGGGGACGCCACCCUCAUGGCCGAGGCUGUGAUGGGCAUGGGUGUGACGGCGACCUGGAAGGUUUGGGUGAGAAAGCACCGACGCAGUCAUGAGGCCUCUCAGUCCGCUGGCCACGCGGCCACCUCCUGCCUGCAGCCUCAGCCAGGGACUUCGCUUGUGACCGUGGGACUCGAUUCCUUUGCAAGCCCAGGGAAGGCGGCAGGGAGAAGGGCACGUGUUGCUGCCUUGCGUCCUGCCAGGAGGCCUGCAUCCCUUCUGUUGAAUCACACCUGGGACAGCAGUUGAUCUUCCCGGGACCUUGUUGAGUUUUCGCUCCACUGAGCCCCGGGUACCCUCCUGUGCCGAUGGGAAGUGACUCUGCAGCCCUUGAUCGUGUUGGAAAUGGGCAGCGCACGCGGCACGGCUUUGACCAGGGGCAGGCAGGAGUCGGGAGCCGUGAGCAGACAGGUGGACAUGGAGCAAGGUGGCACGGGGGGCAGCACUGCAACUGCACGUCGCUCCCGAGAGACUCAUCACUGGCUCUCCCUCCACGGAAGGUGUGCUUUGGGGCCUGCCACGUGUGUCCCCCCCCCCCCCCCAAGAAAAGAGGUUUGCCUGACAAAAGCCUAGCGCAUCGUCUGUGUCUGAGCUGCGACUUGUAGGACAGCCUUCAAGUCAAACAAUAGGAAAGGGACAGGGCAGGGUGGGGGUGGGACUGAGGGCUGGACCUGGCCCUUGUGUUCUGGAAGCCGAGAAAGCAGCUGCUCUGCCCGAAGCCAUGUUCCUACUGCCAGCGGAAGUGGGCAGACAGGAGCCUGGCAGCCCAGCCCAGGUGGUCUCCAGGUCUCAGUCUGUUCGAUCUCAUCACCUCCUGGGGACAAGAUUGCAUUCUUAGUGGACUUUGUGAGCCAGAAACUUUUUUUUUUUUU